GAGUCCAGAGAGAAAGUGGACUCCAUGAACAGCUUCACUUCUCCUGCACCCUGUUGACGAAAGCCAAGGUCAGCCCAGAUUCUAGGAGUGGGAAAUAGACUCCACUUCUUGGUGGGGAAAGGUACAGAGUCACAUUUCCAAGGGCAUGGAUGUGAAGAGGGUUGGGGUCAUUUUUUUUUUUUUUUUGAGACAGUUUCACUCUUGUCACCCAGGCUGGAGUGCAAUAGUGUCAUCUCAACUCUGCAACCUUUGCCUCCCAGGUUCGAGCGAUUCUCCUGCCUCAGCCUCCUAAGUAGCUGGGAUUACAGGUGCCCGAUGCCACACCUGGCUAAUUUUUUUUUUGUGCAUGUGUGUAUUUUUAGUAGAGACGUGUUUCACCAUGUUGACUAGGCUGAUUUCAAACUCCUGACUUGAGGUGAUCCACCCGUCUUGCUCUCCCAGUGUUGGGAUUACAGGUAUGAACCUUCGCUUCUGGCCAGAAACCUCUUUUUUUUUUUUUUUUUAAAUCAGUCUAACCCUGGAGCACCUUUCUGCUUUGGAAGUAAAACUGUCCAGGCUGUUAGACACAGACACCCCUCUCUUGGCUUCCUUCAAAUUACUGAAAACAAGCCCUGCCCCUCCCCUACCCAACCAACCUACCAAAGACUGGCCAGCUCAUGCUGUAGUCCCAAAACUUUUGAGGCCAAGGUGGGAGGAUUGCUUGAGCCUAGGAGGUCCAGGCUGCAGUGAGCUGUGAUCGCACCACUGUGCUCCAGCCUGGGUGACAGAGUGAGAGCCUGUCCUCCCAAAAAAUAAAAAUGAAAAAAAGUGCUUGUCUGAUGUGCUGAUGAAAAAUAAAAGCAGAUCCCUGGGGAAUGGCCCUGCCCCUCACUCCAGGGCCACAUCGGCUGUGCUUGCUGUCUGGGCUCUAGUUCUGCCACGAAUCAUCGGCUCUUUGAACAAGCCAGGCUCCCCCUCCCCCACGCCCUGUGCCUCCAGCUAACUCCUCCUUUACCUGGGUAACUCCUUUGUCUUGCUAUUUUUAAUUUUAAUUUUUUUUUGAGACAGUUUUGCUCUUGUUGCCCAGGCUGGAGUUCAGUGGCUCAAUCUUGGCUCACUGCAACCUUCACCUCCCGAGUUCAAGUGAUAUUUGUGCCUCAGCCUCCUGAGUAGCUGGGAUUACAGGCAUGUGCCACCACACCUGGCUAAUUUUCUAUUUUUAGUAGAGAUGGGGUUUCUCCAUGUUGGUCAGGCUGGUCUUGAAUUCCUGACCUCAGAUUUUCUGCUCACUUCAGCCUCCCAAAGUGCUGGGAUUACAGGUGCAAGCCACCGUGCCCGGCCUUUGUCUCUUUUUUAAUUCUACAAACAUUUAUUGAGCACCUACUGCAUGCCAGGUCUUAUUCUGGGAGCUGGGGAUACAGCAGUAAAUAAGAUAGGCAAGUCCCCAUCCUUGAGGAGCUCACAGCUUGACAUUCCUUCUCAAAGUGGUUAAGCCCCCAGGAUGCUGCAGCCUCAUGGGUUGAGUCUGAAGCUCUGCCACGUAACUAGCUGUGGGCAAACAUUUAGCACCUAAACUCUCAGCUGGGCACAGUGGCUCACCCAUGUAAUCCCAGCACUUUGAGAGGCUGAGGCAAGUGAAUCACUUGAGGCCAGGAGUUGGAGACCAGCCUGUCCAACAUAGUGAAACCCCAUCUCUAUUGAAAAUACAAACAGUUGGGUGUAGUGGUGGCUGCCUGUAAUCUCAGCUACCUGGGAGGAUGAGGCAGGAGAAUCUCUUGAACCCAGAAGGCUGAGGUUGCAGUGAGCUGAGAUGGGGCCACUGCACUCUAGCCUGGGGCACAGAGUAAGACUGUCUCAAAAGUAGGUUCUCCUUGGUGCUCACCAUCAUUCUCCAGAUCUCAGUUGUCCCCUUUUCUAGGAAGCCCUCUCUGAUUGCCGCAGGGUGACUGAACCUAUUCUGGAAUCCCACAGCUUUUGGGCUUCCUCAUGCCGGCCCUGAACACUCUGGGCUGUAGCUCUUUGGUAAUGGGUAUUGUCCCCCACUGGACAGGGAGCCUGGUGAGGGCAGGGACCAGGGCUUUCCUGAUCCCUGCUCUGUCCCAAAAUUCACCCAGCAGAGAAGUGUGCACGCAGCAGGCACUCAGUACACAUAUACUGAAGACCCGAGUGUCACCGACAGCUGCGGGGAACUGGGGCAAUCCGUGUGUUUCUCAGCCCAGCGUCGGCGGCUAAGGAAUUACUCGCCGAGGUCUGGAGGUCACGUGCCCUGCGAGCCUUGGAACCCGGGGGCCGGGUGGAACUCGGCGUAACAGAGCUCCCUGUGGUCGUGCCCCGUCUCAGAACCCGGUGCGGAAGACUCUCUCCUCGCACCAGGAGGGAAGGCGGGCGGACUCCCCCACCGGCGUGCCCGGGUCCCCCUGGGAUCCAUGAAUAACCAGGCGCGGACCCCCGCCCCCUCCUCGGCCCGGACCUCAACGUCGGUCCGGGCUUCUACCCCGACCCGGACACCGACUCCAGUCCGGACUCCGACCGCGGUCCGGAUUCGGACCCCCAUCCGGACUCUGACUCCGUCUCUGGCUGGGACUCCCGCUCUGGUCCCGACUCCCACUCCCGCCCGGAUCUCCCGUCUGGUCCCGACUCCUGCUCCGGCCCGGACCCCAACUCCGAUCCCGACUCUGGUUCGGACCCUGACUCCAGUCCCGCUCCCAGCCCCCGCCCGGAUCCCAGCGCCAGCCCCGGCCCCCGCCCCCGCCCCGGCCCCAGCCCCAUCCCCAGCUCUGGUCCCGGCCGGGAUUCGGGCCACGCUCCCCGUCUUGGACUCCUACCCGGCCUUGGCCCUACCUUGGGAUCCGCCCCCGGAACCUGUUCCGGAGCCGCUUGUGUCAGUGUCAUCCGAGGAGGACCCUGAGCCGGCCCCGAGCCUGAAGCUUGUCCCGUCGGUCUCUGGCGAGACUGGGCCCGCCCCGGGGCCCCUUCCCGCGUGCACCCCGCUGGCCACGAAUCCACCCGAGCCCACGCUGGACUUCACGGCAGACUCGUCGGCCACUGAGCUGGCGGUUCCCACCAUUCCCGGCUCUGUCCCUGCGCCUAUCCUGGGGACCAUCCCGUUGGCCGCCUCCUUACUGAAUUCUACUGAAAGCUUCCUCUCCGCCAGUGAGAACUUCGCGCUGGACAAGAGGGUCCCUAUUCGAGUGACCUACUGUGGCCUCUGAAGCUAUAGCCUUCGGUACAUUCUACUGAAAAAGAGCCUGGAGCAGCGAUUUCCAGAUUGCCUACUCUUUGAGGAGGACAGAGCUGCUCAGGCUACAGGGGAUUUUGAAGUGUUUGUAGAUGGGAGACUGGUCCAUUCUAAGAAGAGGGGUGAUGGCUUUGUGGAUGAGGCCAGCCUGCAGAAAAUUGUGAGCGUUAUUGAUGAGGAGAUCAAGAAAAGGUAGCCGGCAAGGGGUGGAGCUGGAGGAACCUCAGCAGGAUGAUGAGAAGGACUGAAAUGUUGCUAAGUGAGGUCCUUUUCUGAUGGUGGCUGGGGCUGGGGUGAGCUCAGGGAAGGGGAAGAGGAGAAUACAUACAGAGUCUGCCCCACUGUGUCCGGUCUGUGUCUGCCGUUGCCACACUCACCGCGGAGGUCAGUGGAAGUCACCUGCUGCACUGCUCCCAGCAUCUCUGAUAUUCUGGCCCCAGGGGCGGGAGGGACAGGGAGCUUGCAAUAUGAAGCUAGUCCUGUGGCUCCAGCCCUCCAUCUGCCUCAGCUCCUCUUGCUGCUGAGGCUGCUUUGUUUCUUUUGUGGCUUUGUCAUUUCCCAUGCCCUGGUUCCAGAUACAUUUUGAAAACUUUCCAUCUUAUUGGCAUUUUCAGGGGUUAUGAGGGAAACAGGGAUGGUGGUUAGUCUCAAACCCUUGACACUCCAAACUCAUUUGUGCUCCAGGACCCACUUUCUAAACCUGUAAGAUCUAUGUUCCAGCCUGGGCAACCUAGUGAGACCCCAACUCUACAACAAAUACAAAAUUAGCCAGGUAUGGUGGUGUGUGCCUGUGGUCCCAGCUACUUGGGAGGCUGAAGCAGGAGGAUGGCUUGAGCCCGGGAGGCUGCAGUGAUCCAUGAUCAUGCCACUGCACUGUAGCCUGGGCAACAGAAUGAGACCUGUUUCAAAAAAAAGAAAAAAGAAAAAAUUUAAACUAUAGGUUUUAGAAUCCCAGUGUGGUAGAGAGUGUCUCUGUGACCUGGGGCAGGGGGAGAGACAUUUUCACAUUGAGUGGACAUUUAUGGGCGCUCUACUCUGCACCUGCCAUGGUGGGUUCAGUGGUCACAUGCCAGGAGGUCAAGGGCACAAGCAAGGGGACUCAGACUUUACCACUUAAUUGCUGUGUGACCACAAACAAGGGAUGCCACCUCUCUGAGUCUCAAUUUCCUCCUCCAUAAAAUUGACAUCAUAGCACUAUUCAACUCAUGGAAUUUUUGUAAUAAUUAUGCCUGGGAAGGGAUUAGCAGAAGGCUUAUUACAGAAUUAGUAGGUUUCAGUUAGUAGUAGAUUUUAGUUAGAAAACACAAAUUCUUUUUUUUUUUUUAGAUGGAGUCUGGUUCUGUCACCCAGGUUGGUGUGCAAUAGUGCAAUCUUGGCUCACUGCAACCUCCACUUCCUGGGUUCAAGCGAUUCACCUGCCUCAGCCUCCUGAGUAGCUGAGAUUAUAGGCAUAUGCCACCACACUCAGCUUAUUUUUGUAUUUUUAAUAGAGAUGGGGUUUCACCUUGUUGGACAGGCUGGUCUCAAACGUCUGACCUCAACUGAUCUGUUCACCUAAGCCUUUUAAAGUGCUGGGAUUACAGGCGUGAGCCACCUCGCUGGGUCUGAUCUUAACACCUCACAGGAUAAUAUGCUGGCCCUGUACAAUGAUAUGCUGGUAAGAGUCUGUGAGCAGGGUGCCUGAUAAGACUGAGUGCUGGAGGGUAGGGGUAAGUCCCAGAACAUAUAUGGAGUUUGUCUCAGUGAAAUCUGUGUCAAGUGGUAUAAAAUAUGAGAUGAUAUUUCCUAUGUGACAUAUACUUUCCGCCCCCUACAGUUAAGAAAAACACUUAGCAGAGAUUCGCUUUUUUUUUUUUGAGACAGUCUGACUCUGUUGCCCAGGCUGGAGUGCAAUGGCACAAUCUCAGCUCACUGCAAUCUCUGCCUCCUGGGUUGAAGCGAUUCUCCUGCCUCAGUCUCCCGGGUAGCUGGGAUUACAGGUGUGAGCCACUAUGCCUAGUUAAUUUUUUGUAUCUUUAGUAGAGAUGGGUUUUUACCGUGUCAGGCCAGGCUGGUCUCGAAUUCCUGACCUUGUGAUCCACCUGCCUCGGCCUCCCAAAGUGCUGGGAUUAUAGGCGUGAGCGACUUGCCCGGACUAAAUUAUUUAAAAAAUAUUCUUAACAACAACAACAAAAAACAAACAAAAAAUAUUUUUUUCUAUUUCUUUUUUUUUUCCAGUAGCUCAUCAGAAUCAGGUGGAAUAACAAAAAAUAUUUUUAAUGCAAAAUUGAGGUAGUGGGAAGGUAAGGGAACUCCUGGAGUCCAGAAAUCUUAUGGAAAUAUAAAUCCAGAGGUGGCUGGUGUUGGAGAUAGUGCUUGUGAGGAAAUCUGCUAAUUUUGAUGGCGAGGAACCUGCAUGACUCAAAAUGUGAAGGGAAAAGACAGAACCCAAACCCAAGCAGGAUAAGAUGCCAGAAUGGAGACCAUGUGGCUGAACCCCAGGAGGCAGUACCCUCCAGUGGGUAGGUUGGGAAAAAAAUGCCCCUACCACAGAGGUAGGCAGUGGGGGUAGUCUCCCCCUUGUUAGUGAGCAAAUGAUUGAAAGAAAGCCUUCUGUUAAUAAGCCUGCACUCACACAAAUGUGGGACCUAAAUUCCUGCCAUCUGACAAGUCUGAAAUUUCAUCUAAUGUCUGGUUAGGAAUGUUCCCAAGUACAUGGCAAGAUUAAACAGAAGUCAGCUAAGAAGAUGCUGAACCAAUUCUCAAGUAGUUCCCAAAGAUAAAGUUCUGAGCAACAUGAAUUAGCUAUUCAAAGGAGCUGGGCAUGGUGGCUCACACCUGUAAUCCCAGCACUUAGGGAGGUGGAGGUAGCAGGAUGGCUUGAGGCCAGCAGUUCAAGACUGGCCCGGGCAACACAGGGAGACCCUGUCUCUACAAUACAAAAAUUAGCCCAGCGUGGUGGCAUGUGCCUGCAGUCCCAGCUACUCAGAAAACUUGAGGCUGGAGGAUUGCUUGAGCCCAGGAGGUCGAGGCUGCAGUGAGCCGUGGUUGUGCCACUCCACUCCAGCCUGGGUGACAGAUUGAGACCUUGUUUCAAAGAAAGAAAAAAAAAUUGUUAACAUCAAAAUCAUUAAGGUAAAAAACAGUAUUAGAUAUUGUCAGAUAGUAGAGAAUUUGGUUGGCCAUUGUGUCCAGUUGCUGGGACUCUUUAAAUCCUUGGCAUUUCCCAAGUGACAGAGGUGUCAGUGUUAACAUGGUGGGCCCCUUGGGCCAUACUUGAUAGUUUAGACUCGAAAGGUGACUAACAGUGCACUUCUUGUUUAUGGUAAUGAGUCAGAAUGAUGGCUGUCAGUGCCAGAAGAGCCACUAUGAGAUUAUGAGAAAACUGGACUUUGAACUGUGGUAUCAACUUGACAGUCUGGGAGCGGGAGGAAGCUGGAGAUUGAGUUCAGUUCCAUGACCAAUGAUCCAGUCAAUCACACCUGCAUAAUACAACCCCAGUAGGUUGGGCACGGUGGCUCAUGCCUGUAAUCCCAGUACUGUGAGAGGUUGAGGUGGGCGGAUUACCUGAGGUCAGGAGUUUGAGACCAGCCUGGCCAGUAGAGCCCCGUCUCUAUUAAAAAUAAAAAAAUUAGCCGGGUGUGAUGGUGCACAUCUGUAAUCCCAGCUACUUGGGAGGAUUGAGUCAGGAGAAUCACUUGACCCUGGGAGGUGGAGGCUGCAGUGAGCCGAGAUCUCACUACUGCAUUCCAGCCUGGGCAACAGAGGGGAGCUCUGUCUCAAAAAAAAAAAAAAAAAAAAAAAAAACGAGGAAGAAGAAAAAUACCCCUUAUACAUAAAUCUCUCCAUAUAUAACUGAAAAAAACUCAAGAUGCUGAUAGAGGUAUAUGCUACUU